AACCAGCAGGAGGCCGACCCUUGAGUCCUGGAGUUGGACACCCCUGCUUUAGAGUAACCAAUUAACCUAUAAAGCAUGUUUUUAGACUCUGGGAGGAAGCUGGAGAGCCUGGAGAAAACCCAUGCAUGCAUGGGGAGUCCACACAAAAACGUCCAAGUCAGGACCUUCUUGCUGUGAGUGCUGAGCAUUAGGGGGUAGGGGUGUAGGAAAGAAAUCGAUUCUGUGAUAUAUUGCAAUAUUUCAUUUGGCAAUACUUCUAUCGAUUUAAAAUGCUAACAAGGCGAUAUUUAAUUAAUUAUUUAUGAGCGUCCUUCAUCGUCUUACUUUUGUUUUCCAUUUGAACCUCCGACCACUAGUUGGCAGCACAGCCCACUCUGAGCAGCUCCACACCAGAACAACAAGAUCUCACAAGAAGCAGCUUGUGUUAAAUGUUCUGUCUCAUUGGUUCAGUCAACCUCGUGGUUAUUGUUGUUAUGAGACAUGUACUACUUAGUAUGACUUUUUUUUCUAAGUAAUACUCUUAAAAAAAAAAGAAAAAAUUGUUCUGGUACAGUCUUGGGAUUUAUAGCGAUAUGUAUCGUAUCACAACACAUGUUUCACGAUACGUAUUGUAUCGCCAGAUUCUUACCAAUACACACCCCUACUAAGCAUUGCUCCCUAAGACUACAGCAUUUACCAUUUAUGGUAUAAUGACUGGAGUACUGUAGAAUCAAGGCCUGUCCUAUAAAAAAAAAAAAAAAAAAAACUAGAAGCCCACCCUCAGCACAAAUCACCUGAUUUAUGAUUUAUUUGUUUUAUGGCUUCAUUCUAAUGUAAUGGCAUUGAUUUUUCCUUCUGUUUUCCAGACAGUCAACAUGUUGGAUCCCACCCUCCCCACCAGACAAUCUUCCAUAUGCCCCUCAGUGUGGCAGUGAGACAAGUGUCCCAUUGUCAAAGGCAGCGUCUGUCAGGGGGAGGGACGUGCCUUGGGCAACAUGUGAAGACCAGUUAUGAUAUUAACCCCCCUGCCCUCAGCACACCCUCUACGCUGACGCUUGUACACAGCUUCCCCCUAAUCCUCUUUUGCAAGUCACUUCCCGUUUUCACGAGACUCUGAGACAAAGCAGCAAAUCAUCUUCCUGUCUUGGUGAAUGUGGAGGCUUGUGAGCCAAUGGAAGGGCAGCGGUGAGGAUGCAACUGUGAUCCAGGAAAAAACAGCCCAUUGUUCCUGAGACGUCGGAGAAGUGUGAUCUCCCUCCUGGCGGCUCUGCCUGCUCGCUCCAACAGCAUACCGAGGAACUGUGCAGCCCAUUGACAAGUCAGGAUGAGCGGGGUAGUCCACGUGAAGACGCUUCCCUGUAAGCCGUCCUCAUCAGGAAUCCCCCUCCCCAACAGCCUUCUGCCCUCGUCUCCAAGAUCAGACCCCCGUCGGAGGGCAUGCAACCUGCCUAAACCUUCCAUGCACACCCCCACACACACGCCUUCACAGUCCCCUCUACUCAAUCCACGAAACUCCACAAACUCAGGCCUUUCACCCAGAACCCACCCACGAGGUUCUGCUCAGAAAAGUCAGCUCUUCCAGAGAAAAGCAGCUCUCCCUGUUUCUCAAGUCUCACGUUCUGCCUACAGCAGCCCCCUGACCCAUCGCAGAGCACCACCUCACGCCAAAGACUCUCUGGAUCUGGGGAAGCAGACACCUGCUUAUAUCCCAUCACAGUUUCUACACGAUGGCAACUGUAACACAAGUGAUUUGAUCAACAAGAACCAAACUCUGGGGCCCAACACGCUGCCUUUACCACCACACUUGAAGCGAGAAAACAACUUUAUUCCCCUGGUCCAGGAAGGGAAGGGGAAAGAUGCUCAAGCAAAACACCCGCCUUGGUCCUCCACGGUGAACAACGGAAACAUUCAGCCCUCUGGGUCUAAGCCGAGACAGCCGAUCAGAGGUCGCAGCGACUCCAGCAGCCAAUCAGACGAGGAGAUGGAGUCUCCUGAGGACUGCAGUCCACUCUCUCUUCCUGAUCCACUCAUUAUGUGCAGCGCUCCAAUCAUGUCCAGCGUUCAUUCACUGGAUCACAGCCUACAAAGAGAGGAGGCGGAGGCGCAAGGGGCCAGAGUCAACAUGGCCACCGUCGCUCCCUUCAGCUUUAGGCUGCAUAUACAGGAGAGGGACUUCUCUCUGGAGGAACUGAGUGACUGCUCAUCUGGAUCCAUAGAAGUCUGCUGUGACGACCUCACACAAGGAGGGAUGCUGGAGGCUAAUGUAGCUAGCAUUAGCAUGACGGCUAAACCCAGAGAGUUGAACCUCAGGUCUGCAGCUGGAUCCUGCCAGGGUUCUUCAGCUCCGGCCAUGGCUUUCAGGAAGCCACAAACGAAGCCUUCAGCUUUGCCUCAGGGGCCUUCCCGUUCUUCUGGUCCAGAGCUCAAAGUUUACCGACCUUCCUCCGGGUCCAUCCCCAUUCCAAACCCCAAUGUGUCCGGGCUCCGCAAACAGCGAUCCCUCGGCAACUUGUGUGUGCUCACCGACGCCGAGAAGAAGCUGCACCUGUACCAGUCUCCUCGGUGGAAUGAUGAUACCAGCCGGCCUGGUACCGGGAUCAGCAAAGCGGGCCAGAGCAGGACAGGUCAAGCAGGCACUGGGAGACAGCCACUUUCUCGGACACUCUCCAAGUCCGAACAAUCUCUGUUUCAGGGAAAGCCAAAGUCCUACUGCGCCCCAGUGAUGCCUUCAAGUGUGGGCAAGCCGAGCCGGAUCCCAGCGCCCGGCAAACCGCGAGGGCCCUAUGCUGAGGUCAAACCCAUCAGUAAGGCAGGUGAAGGUGGCCAGAGCUCAGACACAGAUGCGUCUGACCUAUCCUCCAAAGCAAACACUAAUGGACCUGCAAGCAUGGAAACUAAUGGCACAAAGAAUGGAGACAAGGGGAGGCCUGGAUCUCUAUCAGAGGAAAAGAAAGAGAAGAAAGGGACAGAGGCAGAAGAUGACAAAGGCUUUCUAAAGGUGGAUCCAGAACUGGUUGUGACAGUUCUGGGAGACUUGGAACAGCUGCUCUUCAGCCAAAUGCUGGAUCCAGAGUCUCAGAGGAAAAGGACAGUGCAAAAUGUUCUGGACCUUCGACAGAACCUUGAGGAGACCAUGACCAGCCUCAGAGGAGUCCAGCUGAGCCACAGCUGUGUGGAGGGCAGCAUGGGCUACGACAGCGAUGAAGCUGCUGCCUUCUCCGUAUCCAGCCUGUCAAACCGCUCCUCUCCACUGUCCUGGCGCCACGGUCAAGCCAGCCCCCGUCUGCAGGCAGGUGACGCUCCGUCCACGGGUAACGCCCCGUCAGACGUUCCCCUACGGAUCAGCCACACCUCGCGGAUCCACUUAAUCGAAGCUCUGGAGGACUCGGAUCCAUCACUGCUAAAGGGAGAUUACCUCAAUGACAGCGAUUUUGGUGGGAAGAGCCCAAAAGAGGACGAUGAAGAUGAUGAUGACGAUGAUAUCGACGAUCUGGAAAAUGGCUGGGAUGAGAGCAGUUCCAUCAGCAGUGGGCUGAGUGACGGUUCAGACAACCUGAGCUCCGAAGAAUUCAACACAAGUCCAACUCUCAACUCCCUUCCUACCACUCCCAUUGGCUCCCGCAGAAGCUCAACCAUUGUGAUGCGCACGGAUGCAGAGAAGAGAUCAUUGGUCGAGAGUGGUCUGUCCUGGGACUCUUAUGAUAACAAGUCUGGCUGCAAGAGUGAAACCAGCGGCUCCUAUGACACAAGAAGUCUGAAGUCUGAAUCUGGCAGUAAGUGGAAGAAAACCAGGCCACAAGGGGACAAGCUGGAAGGAGGGAAAGGUGAACUGAAGAGACCCCAGACAGUAGGUCUUGGGUUGAAGAAAGGAAGAAACCCACCUGUGGGAGUCACGUCACCGAUCACCCACACAUCUCAAACCGGGCUCAAAGUUGCAGGUACAGUCAAGUCAGAUGGGAAGCCCAUGGAUAAAUCUCGUUUAUCCGUGAAGGCUUCAGGACUUCAGCGUUCCUCCUCUGAUGCUGGUAAAGAGCAACGGAAUGGCAACGGAGCCGGUGAGCAUCGGAAACCUCCCACCGGACUGGUCAAGUCCUCCAAUGGGGGAAACUUUGGCUUCAAGAGGCCCACUUCCGCUACCAGCAACGGCACAAACAACGCCACUGUGCCCACCGUCACAAGCACGAGCAUCAGCUCCAUACCCAUCGGCUCAGCAAGUGCUGGGAAGACCCCUAAAACAUCCGGCAUCCCCAUCAAACCAAGUGUAGGAAGUUCAGGGCGUAAGACGAGUUUGGAUGUUUCCAACACUGACCACAGCGGGUUUCUAUCUCCAAGCGCAAGAACUUCUCUCCAAUACCGCUCUCUUCCUCGGCCGGCCAAGACGAGCACUCUGACUCUGACUCGACCAAGCUCAGCUCGGCCCAUCAGCACCAUGGACACGAGCUCUGGCCUCAUCAAGCCUUCCACAGUAACACAGCAGGGCUCGAGGCUUAAGGAGCCUGCCUCCGGACUUCCCUCUGGAACAGGGUUUAGUAAGGCAGCGGGGCGUGGGAUCCCGAGUCCUGGUCCUGUCAAUCAGACAGACAGAGAGAAGGAGAAAGAAAGAGCCAAAGCUAAAGCUGCUGUAUCGGACUCAGAGUGUGGAAGUGGGUCUCUGAAGGGAACGUCUUCAGAGAAUAGUGUGAAGCUGCACGGCCUGAGACCUCCUAGCAGCAAGGGAAUGGACGUGUCCUCACCCAGCACACACAGAGUGUCUGGGGUGCGCAGCCUAGUAAAGCCCCCAUCCAUAGCCCAGCUUGACAAGUUGAACUCCAACAACCCGGAGUCCGAGGUACAGGACACUCCAAAGAUCCCCCCGUACUCCAAGCUUCAAGACCUCUCCACCUCAACAAUCAGCUCCUGCCUGACCCCCAGCCCCGCCCCUUUACUCAACGUGAACUCCUCAGCCUGCUUCUCCAGCAAAAGCAUAGGACUAGGCCCAAGGCAGGCCACCUCCCUUGGGGUCGAGGAAAAUGAAGAGAGAACCUCUCCACUUCUCUACCCUCGAAUGUCUGGGCUGCAUCGUAGUAUGGAGUCUCUGCCUCUCCAGAUGAGUCUGGCCCCACAAUCCCAGGAGAGAGACAAGGAGAGAGGGAGGGACAAUUUGGUGAGAGGUUACACCACCUUAGAGUCCCGAGACAAAGGUUUACAGGAAGACAGAGACCCUCCCUCCAGCUGGAGCUCUGGAGGCAAAGUUUCAUCGACUGUCAUAGACAGUUCACAAAAGGACAGGAAUACACUGCCAAAGAAGGGUUUAAGUUUCAACGGCUCCUCUCAGGCUGAGGAGGAAGGGAAGGAGAAAGGAGAAAGGAGGCACUCCCAUACUGUUCUCAGUAUGACCGACUCACUUACUCUUCCAUUACUGUCUUCCCCCACCUCCCUACCCCGCACCUCAAAGACCAGUAUGGUGUCCAGCCCUGUUGGUGGACCUCCCAGGAUGACUCGAUCCAACAGUAUUCCCACACACGACCCCACCGUGGAGCUGUAUGGUGCAUCGCCACUGGGCAGCUCGCUGUCGCUGAGUGAACGUCCACGCAGCAUGGGUAUGGUUCGCUCUGGAUCCUUCAGGGAUAGGGAACCCAAUGAUGACGUUCACGGAUCAGUGCUCUCCUUGGCAUCCAACGCGUCCUCAAGUUACUCCUCGGUGAGUGUGGACAGCAUGCAGAUUCAGGCUGAGGAAAGGAUUCAGGGAGAGCAAAUCCGGAAGUUAAGGAGAGAGUUGGAAUCGUCGCAGGACAAGGUGUCCAACCUGACCAGCCAGCUGACGGCAAAUGCAAACCUCGUGGCGGCCUUUGAGCAAAGUUUGGCGCUGAUGACAAGUCGACUCCAGAGUCUGUCGAUGAGUCACGAACAGAAGGUGUUCAUGCAGGACUCCGAGUUGAUGGAAUUGCGUGAGACCAUCGAGGCUCUGAAGGCCAAGAACGAGGAAGCCCAGGCUGUAAUUCAUGGCGCCCUGAACAACCCAGAAAACCCAAAAGAUCUGCGGAUUCGACGUCAGAACUCAUGUGAGAGCAUAUCGAGCUUAAACAGCCUGACGAGUAUGUCAAGUGUGGGAAGCUUAAAGGAUCAAGAUGCCAAGAAGAAGAAGAAGAAGAGCUGGCUGAGGAGCUCCUUCAACAAGGCUUUCAGCAUUAAGAAAGGCUCCAAAACCUACUCAGACAUUGAGGAAAUCACCACCCCGGACUCCUCAGCUCCCAACUCCCCUAAGAUGAGUCACGAACUGGGUGAAGCCGACGAGAAUCCAGCUUCAUCCCUUAAAACAUCAGCCUCCACUACCUCUUCAGUAAUCAUGGAAACGGCAGAUGAGGGAGAUAGUGGAGACACUGCAAUGUCAGAGCUACGCUCAGAGCUCCUGGAGAAAGAACGGAAGCUCACGGACAUCCGACUUGAGGCCUUAAGCUCCGCCCAUCAGCUGGAGCAGCUCCGGGAAGCCAUGAACAACAUGCAGUCAACCGUGGAGAAUCUGAGGGCAGAAAACGAUCACUUGAAAACAGGAAGUCAGCCCCAGCUGCCCGGCUCCGGUCCCACCUCCUCCACCUCCCAACCUUCAGGCCUGGCCUCUCUGCUGGGGCCCUCGACGAGGCAGAUGAUGAGCAUGUCCCUCACAAAAUCCUUCAGUUUAAGCCUGAAUGAUUGUAAAGAUCCAGAUGUUUCUAUAGCCGAUCUGCCAAGUCCGUCAUCUCAUCAGGGUGAAGGGCAGAGGGCAAAGGUUCUGGUCCGUGUUGGAGAUCAAAUAGAGGACAAGACUCGGCAGCUUCAGUUCUACCUGGGCUCGGUGCCGGUCACUUCCAGGACUGACUGGGCCUCUCUUGAUUCCCUCGUCACCAGAACCUUCAAAGAUUAUUUAAAUCAAGUGGAUCCAACAUCAAGUCUCGGUUUAAGUGCUGACUCACUCCACAUGUACCAGCUGGCCCACGGAGAGCACCGACUGAUAGGAGAGGAAAAACCCCAAACUUCACCGUAUCAGUCCCUCGGCCACAUUCCCAAUCAAAUUCUAGUCACUUUAAAAGGUCUCAGAGAAAACUGUGUCGACUCUCUGGUGUUUGAGACCCUGAUCCCCAAGCCCAUGAUGCUGCACUACAUCAGCCUGCUGAUGAAGCACAGGCGUCUGGUUCUGUCUGGACCCAGCGGGACCGGAAAGACAUAUCUGGCCCAGCAUCUGGCCCACUACCUCCUGCAGCGGAGUCGGAUGGACUCGUCUGAGCCGAGCGUGCCGGGUCACAGCAGUGCUGUCACGUUCAACAUGCAUCGGCAGUCGCAGAAGGAGUUGCAGUCGUACCUGUCAAACCUAGCAAAUCAGGUCGACAGAGAAAGUGGAGCAGAGCUACCGCUGGUUCUGAUCAUAGAUGACAUAAGUGAUCCAGCAGCCAUCACUGAGCUUGUUAACGGGGCUCUCACCUGCAAGUAUCACAAAUGUCCUUAUAUCAUUGGCACGACCAACCAGCCAGUGAAGAUGACCUCUAACCACGGUCUGCACCUCAGCUUCAGGAUGGUGAUGUUCUCCAACAAUGUGGAGCCUGCAAAUGGAUUCCUUCUGAGAUACCUGCACAGAAAAGCUGUGGAGGCCUACCAGAACGAGGAGCUGAAUUCAGCACAACGCCGGGCUCUCCUUCACGUUCUGGACUGGAUCCCUCAGCUGUGGUACCACCUGCACACUUUCCUGGAGAAACACAGCACAUCAGACUUCCUCAUAGGUCCCUGCUUCUUCCUGUCGUGUCCUGUAUCGGUGGCAGAGUUCAGGCAGUGGUUCAUCGACCUCUGGAACCACUCCAUCAUACCGUACCUACAGGAGGGAGCUAAAGACGGCAUCAAGGUCCACGGUCACAAAGCGGCGUGGGAAGAUCCUGUGGAGUGGGUGAGAGGGACCCUCCCCUGGCCUAACGCACAGCAGGACCAGUCCAAGCUCUUCCACCUACCUCCCCCCAGCAUCGGCCCAGCCAAUGAAGAAAAGAAGCCUCCUAAAGAUACACCUCCACCCAGCACACUGGAAUCAGACCCUCUAAUGGCCAUGUUGCUGAAGCUGCAAGAGUCGGCCAACUACAUCGAGUCUCCAGAGAGAGAAGGCAGCCUGGAUCCCACUCUGCAGGCUGCUCUCUGAAAUGACGUCCAAUAAAUCUUCGAAACCACAGACUCUAAAGUGUUGCAGACACAAGUGCUGGCCCAGUGAGAAUAAAAAAGACUUGGCGACGAGCUCUUCAAAGUGCUCAGUGAGCACUUUGAAAGUUAAAUGGAAAGCUGGUGAUGCCGGGUUAACUUGUGCUACUGUCACCACAAGAGGAAAGAAGCUGCUUUCAUUGGAAGCUGUGUUGAUCACACUAGAGAAAGACGAGACUUUCCUCCAGAUGGGUUGUUUUUGAAUCGGAAGAUGCAUGGUAACCGGGGUGAUAUGAUGCAAGGUAAUCUAUACAAUCCUGCUGCUCAUGACUUAUUUGAUCCCUUAAUAUUCAGCUUCCACAACCCUCACAUCAACUGGUGCUCACAGUUUUUCUUUGAAGACUCAUUUUUAAUUUCAGAGAUUAACUCGCCUGAGUCUGGACACUCCCCCUCCAUCUCCCCACAGACAGAGCCAUUAUCUAGAAUGCACUUUAUUUUCUACUCGUAAUAAUUGGAUUUCAGAGGGCUGCGUUAGUGACCGUAGAGCAGGGGAAUGUCAGUGAAUUUACCGGAAUGUGCAGUUCAAGGGUGAAUCCUCUAGGUGGCAGUAUCCUCACACAUCUGCCUCAGUGCUCUCCUGGGCUUUGAAGGUGCUCCAUAGAAAUUCAGGCACACUCAGAAGCCACAGAUGUGAACACAGCCUUGAAUGUGUUGUUUCUGUUCUGCUCAGAUGUGUUGUUGUUAAUCAAAAAAUAAAAACAAAAAAAUGUGGGACUUUGGCGUUAGAGGAAGGUGCAUCGAUCAAUGAAAGGAAAAAGAAAUGUCCACAUCACUGGAAUUAGCAAACUCGUUUACUGACCUUAUAAGUAAUAAAACCCAACAAAGAAAGACCGCAACUGCUUUAUCAAUGUUACCUUCUCUAGCCGAGCUUGCAUUCAGUGUUUUCUGUGUUUAGAUCACUUUGAAACACAAAAACUUGUAAUAACUGAAGAUGCAGCUUUGAAAGUCUUGAUAUUCUUAAUGUUUUUUUUUUGUUUGUUUGUUUUUUACUGAGUCAUUGUCAAGUAUGCGCAAAAAAACUUGACUCACCACAGGGUCUGAGACUCUCUGGCACCAUUGUUUACUGUUUUGAACAUCCUUCCUCUUUUUCCUUUAUAUCAUGUCAUAGUGGUACCUGAGAAAUGUCCACUUCUGAUCAUUUUUUGAGGCUACAAGAAAGGCUAAAUUUGAAUCCAGAGGCUUCCUUCUUCCCAUCGCUAAAGAAUUGUGAGAAAAAUCAUAGAUUGCAGCAUUUUUUUUUCUCGCAUUUUGACUGUUAUUGGGAUAAAACUUCUGGUUGCAGAGAGAUUGGUGCCCUUUGACCUUGAAGUACCUUAGACUGCCAUAUUAUAUCCAAAUGUCCCUCUACGUUCCUUUGAGCUCCGAGAAGUAGAGUCGUGAUGCCUAAGUCUGCCUGUGCCUGAAACAGUUUGGCCUGUCACUGCUCAUGUCGACCUUUGGAGGCCUCCAUUUAGACUUCACUCCACUUGACUUUCUCUUCUCCACUCCAACGCCACUCUUUACACCUUGAUGUCCAUAUAUGGUGUGUAGAUUGGGGUGUUGGACCUUUAACAGGUGGAUAAGCUGUUACUAAAGAAGUGUUGCAUACCUUUGCAGUGAAUGAGAAUGUUUUCCACAUCUGGGUCUCUUGUGUGCAUUUCAUCAAAAACUAUUUGACAUCAUGGAGAACGUGCCUGGGACUGACGAGCAGAACUAGAGCCGGUUUUAGACUCAGAUCCCUAUUAUGUUUCCAAAAAAGUUUCAUAGGACCUACCACGCUCAAACCUUACUGCGAGAAAGAUUUUUAAAAACCAGUUCCUCUUUGAAUUCUUUUUACAAGCAUACCAAUGUUGUUUUCUUAUGCAAAUAUUUGUAAAGCUUUCUUUCUCUUUUGUACAUGACACAUCACUAUUGUAAACAGUGUAAAUAAUGUCACUGCAUCUGCGACAACAAUCACGAAAAGUAGAUCUAACAAGGCUGGCCCCUGUAUGCAGAAAAUGGGCUUCCCUUUUGGUUUUACUGUCUUCCUCCAACUGGAAGAAGCAUUUGGCUUAAAAGUUGGCUAAAUAAUGGUUGUACAGCAUGACUCUAUACCCACAUCAAUUCCCCUAUGUCUGACAUAAAGCUAUGGACAUAAUAAAAUCAUGCCAUUGUUUGCACAAGUGUC